AUGGAGUCUGCUCCCACCACUGACAUUAAGGAAUUGCUGGACUGUCAAGUCACAGAUUUGAACAAGGAGGCAUCUGUUUCUUUCAACAAUAACUCAGGAACAGCCAUGAGCCAAAAUGAAGGCAGUCCCUCUGUAAACUUGCUCUUAGCAGGACCUUAUACAAAGAAUCACCCAGCUCACUGUGCCAGAGGAUCAGAGCUGAGAAUCAUUCUGGUGGGCGAAACAGGAACCGGCAAAAGUGCAACAGGGAACAGCGUCCUCGUGAAGCCAGCAUUUGAGUCCAGGCUGAGUGUCCGGUCCUUGACGCAGACUUGCAGUGAGAGUCGGGGUAGCUGGGGAGAGAGCGAGGUGGUGGUUAUUGACACACCAGAUAUGUUUUGUGGGAAGGACCCCUCUGACUCCCUGAACCAGGAGGUGCAGAGCUGUUACCUGCUCUCUGCCCCAGGACCCCAUGUGUUGCUCCUGGUGACAAAACUGGGCCGAUUCACCACGGAGGACCAGCAGGCUGUUCAGGGGGUGAAGGAGAUCUUCGGAGAGGGUGCCAUGAGGCACACAGUUGUCAUCUUCAACCGCAAGGAAGACCUCGAGGGAGGCUUCCUGAGGGAUUAUAUCCAAGGCUCAGACAACAGAGCCCUAAGUGAGCUGGUGGCAGCGUGUGGGGGGUGAGUGUGUGCCUUUGACAACCGCACUACAGGGAGCACCAGGGAUGACCACGUGAAGAAGUUCAUGGACUUGGUUGAGAGCCUGGUGACAGUGGAAAGGGGUGACCACUACACUAACAGGUUGUAUAACCUAACACAGUCAGAAUGUGGGCCUGUACAGUCAGAGCAAAGACUGCAGGAUUUCAAAGGGAGCUUUAUAAAAUACAUGGAAAUUCAGAGACGUGGUACAAUCAUGGCCAAAGCAAAUUGCCUGAGAAAAGCCCUACUCCAAACAGCGCUGCGUAUUGCAUUGUGUGCUCAGGUGUCUGCCGCAUUGCUCAUUCAGUUAUUUUGUGUAUUGCACAGGACAUGCGAUUUCUUUUGCCGCUUACCCUUUAGUGUGUGCAGUUUAUUCUGUAGUUUACUGUUAGUCAUACCCAAACAAUUAGUGAUGAUUUUUAGAAAGGCCAGUAGACUGGAAUGCAAGACUCUUGUGUCAUAGUUACUGAUCAGUGCCUCUUCAUUCACUGUCAUAUCCUGGGUGAGUUAUAGUUGCCUGCCCGGGAUAGUCAGUGUCUGAUAUCACUAAAUGUUUGAGAUUCUGUGAACUGUUUAGAUCUUAACCUCAUCCUAUUUGUUAAUGAAUCAAAUGAUUUAAAAUUUUCUUGUUUGUUUUGAAACAUAAUACCAAAACCUUCUGAAAGUUAUAAACAUAAAAUUCCUCUCAUUUGCAAGUCUCUAUCUAAAGCCAGUUUUAUGCUCCUGAAAACUCUUUUUCUUCUUUAUACCAUCACUAUUUCUUCUGAAUAUAACAAAAAUGGCAAUAAAAUUUCUACAAGGUAUAGUAAAUUAACAAGUGAGCUGUAAAGUUUCUGAGAUCACAUGUCUUUAACUCUGUGCUAUGGUUUUAUCCUCCAAAGAUGGUAAAUGGACAUAUGGCUUAUUUCUCUGACACAACCACUCACGCUCAACAAUCACACACAGACACACACAUCAAUAGUCUGUUUUAUAUGCAUCGAAAGAGGCUCAGCUAGAUUUUAUCCCUUGUGUCCAAUCCCAGUCAGCACUGAAGCAUGCUAGAGGCUUAUGUUUCAGACAAGAGUGGACCUAGUAUUUUGCAUUUUGCAUCUGCAGUAUUUUACAUUUAACAUCUUCCUGUUAAAUUCAACUAGAAUUUAUUAAAAUAAACACAGUCUUUAUGACUGAUGAGCUCAUUAGAUAAUUAGGAAAACUCCAAGGAUGCAGCAAACAACACACAUAAAAGGGAGGUGGGAAAAUGUAAGAAGGAUAUAGAGCUGCAAGCACCCUCUUGUAACCAGGUAAACUCCAGGCAAAGUCACAUGUGGUGAAGGAAGACUCCACAUGCACACAUGAGAACACUGAAAGGCAAGGAGUUGCCAAAGAAACACUGGAAGCAUCUUCCUGAAAGGAAUAUGUUGGGUAGCAAAGACUUAGUCAACACUGGUCUACAUGGUUCAGACUAGGGUGAAGCCAGUAAGAAGCCAUAUUCACCUCAGUCUUAAGGAAAUACUCACUCCCAGGGUCAUUAACCUGUAGUAUUGGCACUUGAGAGGCCUUGGCAGUGUGUCUCCUUCAACUCUGUGUCCUGGACACCAAACUUUCCUCACACUAGUCCUGGCCCUGCUAGUCUAGUGGGAGAAUGAGAGACUCCAGGCUUCAAUAAUGCUGAAUGGAAAAAAUGGGGGUGUCAGUCUUUCAAGAGACAC